AUGACGACAAGCAUGGCUGCAAACUUUGCAGACACAUGGAGGAGCUGCGGUGCCGCGGAGGAAGGAGGAGACUAUUGCAAGAGCGAUGCCUACACUAAUAUCCUCAACACACUGUCCAGCUGCAGUGAUGGCGGCGGGAAAAGUGUGAUUCUGAGAGGGAACAGCAGCAAACUGAGCAACUCUCGUGUCGGAGACGCCGAUCUGUCAGUGCUGGUGAAGGCACUAUUGGCUCAUGGUCAAGUUACGGAGCUGGACUUGAGCUACAAUUCCAUCUCAGACAACGGCCUUGGCACCCUCUCUCUCUACCUCAAGGUGUACACAUAGUCAGGAACUUGGGUUUAUGAGGAGGGGUUAAAUUGGGAGAGGUGGAAUGUACAUAGCCCCCAUUUACAUACAUAGACAACAUUUUGGUUUGCAUUAGACGUUUACACGUAAAACCAGUUUAGACUAAAUCCAUGCUAACAUGGUUGUGAUGGGGUAGCAUGCACAAAUUGGCUGAACCGUUGCUAAGAACUACAAAUCGAUAUGCGUGGGUAUUUGGUCAUAUUAGGAGAGGGCUGGCCCAGCUGGCUCUAGAGCUGCAGUUGCAUGCACUGAAUGCUGAUGACCCGCUACCGUGUCUAACACCUAUAUAAUGCACACACAAGCAAAAUGUGUAUGUAUGCAAUGACUGGGACCCUCCUGUGUGUGACUGCAUCAGUACGAUUAUGCACGCCUGACAGUUUGCCUGAUUAAGAUCCAGUAUAAUAAUGUGCAGGCUCAAGCAAAUGACAUCAUAGGUUUCAAAGGCGUAAGUACUGUAGGUAUGUGUCAAAGCCACUGCAUCCAUCCGGCACGUGCGAAACACAUACUGCAUACGGCCAUGCCCAUUUGUUGUGCUCUGCCUCUUGUCUUCCUCUAAUAUCCUUCUAUUGUGGUAAUAUGGUGAACAAACAGCCUGUGAUAUAAUUAUAUGGCUACGCCAUACUUACUACAGCUCCCAAAUAAUUAUCAGGAACCUAAUCUCUAAAAGUAUGUGUUUAUGUAGUAUGCAUGUACUAUUGCAUGUACUACUAUGAGUCAAGUCUAAAGGUGGUGAGGUCACUUUGCAUCAUCAUGCAUCAUUCUACAACACGGAAUGUUCCUAUCAUAGUUUGAGCUAAUGAGCUCAUGGCUAUAUAAAUAUUAUGAAGACUUUGUACUGGACUUCAAAAACAGUUGGGACUGACCUCUUGCCCCGUGUUACCUCAUUUCUAGGAACUAUGGCCAGCUUCAAACUUUAACCUUUGUGGUUGGCCCUACAACUACGGUGUCCCAUUCUACAGAUCCGUCCUGCUCACUCCAGAGUCUGCAUCUUGGUUUCAAUGACUUCACAGAACAAGGUGCUGACCUUCUUGCCAAUGCCCUCCAGUUCAACGGUUCCCUGAUAUCACUGAGUCUGGAUGGGUGCAAGAUUGGUGGGAAGGGUGGCAUCCACAUUGCCUCUAUGCUUCAGGUCAAUCGAACUCUGACACAUCUCGGACUUGCCUACACCGACCUCGACGCCGACUGUAUCAUCGCCAUGGCAACCGUUCUCCACGGCAACCAAACACUGAAGAGCGUCGACCUUUCGCGACCUCUGCUCCACAGUAGACUGGAGGAGUCGACGAUCCACAUCAGCAGAAUGCUUCAGGUGAAUUCGACGCUGACGGAGCUGAAACUGUCGCUCCACUCCAUGACAGACACUGGGUGUGAGUGGCUCUGUAGCCACCUCCUGGAGAACACCUCCCUCACUCACCUGGAUCUCAGCAGCAACAAGUUGUCUCGAGACGGCGGGCGACAUUUUGCAGGCCUCCUGCGAGCCAACACUCCUCUGACUAGUCUGAAUCUCAGCUGUAACCACAUUGAUGAUCACGGACUGACUGACAUCAGCUCUGCUCUACUGGUCAACACCAGACUCACUUGUCUGAAUGUCUGCUACAAUAAAGCCGGAGAUGGAGGUCUGUGUGAGCUGGCGGCGUGUCUCCAGACCAACAACACAUCCCUCACUCACCUCUACAUCUGGGGGAACCUCCUUGGGACACCUUCCUGUGAUGCAUUUCGAGAACUGUUGGAAUCGUGUCGGCUACACCCUGACAAUACGGACGUCCACUCCUACGUUGUCGACAACAUCACGCACUUAUCUCGCACCCGCCACCACGCCUACUGACAACCUUCUGAACACACCACCAUCACAUCACAACAAUACACUACACACCUAAUACAUUCAUGACACGAAAAACUAAAGCUUUUUGCCCAAAAUUUUGUCUCAAACAGGGCAGAUUUCUUAAUUUUACAAUCCCAAGCGGGACCUCAAAAUAACUUAUAUAUGGCAGUCCAAAUUCUCCAGUUACACAAUUGAAUGGUAGUCUUACGCUAGUGUUAAAUGCAAUACAAGUGAUCGGGUAACCGAAAAGUGAGCGUUUAUGUUCAUUUAUAUCUUGCAGAGAGUUGCCUGGAGCUGUACGCUCCACCUGCCCUGUAGUCUGAUACUGCCGCAUUCACUGGAGGAGGGGAAAACAACACUGACACCAUAUUAAUUUAUCAGUCACUUU